CAUCAUCCUCAUCACACUCCUCUCAUUCAAGAUGCAUUAUCUCAAGCUCCUCCUCGCUCUUCUGCCUGUGAUCAUCGCCGCCCCGACCGCAACAGACGAUGAUGAUGUUAUCGAGGGCGCUUACAUCGUCACUUUGAAGCAAAAGCUUGACGAGAAGAAAGUUGAGCAGCACAUUGUUUGGGUUGACGGUAUUCAUAACGGAAGUGUUUUCCGCCGAGCUGAAGAUGGUGUCAACAAGGUCUGGAACGAUACCUUUAAGGGGUACUCUGGAGACUUUGAUAAACAGACUAUUAAGGAGAUUAAGAAGAGCAAAGAUGUCCUUGCUGUUGAGCCUGUUCGCAAGAUCAAUCUUUACGAGACUGUCAUUCAGCAGAAAUCGACCUGGGGUCUUGGAUCUAUCUCGCAUCGCACUCCUCAUUUCAACAAUUACAUUUAUGAUUCGUCUGCUGGAGCUGGAAAGUAUGCGUAUGUUGUUGAUACCGGUAUCAAUAUCAAGCAUGACGAGUUCCAGGGCCGGGCGGCUUUGGGAUAUAAUGCCUAUCCUGGUGUUGGGUUUGUCGAUGCUAAUGGUCAUGGGACACAUUGCGCUGGUACUAUUGCUGGUAAAGAGUACGGCGUGGCCAAGAGAGCCAAUUUGAUUGCAGUCAAGUCUCGAACUGAUAUCGUGCUUGAUGGGUACAACUGGGCUGUGACCAACAUCACCAACACUCCAGGCCGCAAAGAACAAGCUGUUAUAUCCAUGUCCCUCGGCGGCGGUCGCUCAGACGCCUUCAACGCCGCUGUUCAAGCAGCUUACAGCGCAGGUGUGCACACGGUCGUGGCAGCAGGAAAUGACAACGCCAACGCUUACAACUACUCACCCGCCUCGGCCCCCAAUGCCACGACCGUAGGGGCAAUCGACAUUGACAACAACCGAGCCAGCUUCUCCAACUACGGCGAGCUUGUUGAUUUAUUCGCGCCGGGUGUGAAUAUCAAGAGUGCUUGGUAUACGAGUAACAGUGCUACUAAUACCAUCAGUGGUACCAGUAUGGCAUGUCCGCAUGUUGCGGGUUUGUCGCUGUAUCUCAGGGCUAGGGAGGGUUUGACGACGCCCAAGAGUGUGGCGAGGAGAUUGAAGGAGUUGGCGACGAGUGGUGUUGUUCAGGAUGCUGGGAGUGGAAGUCCGAAUCUAUUGGCUUAUAACGGAGCUCCGCUGAGUUAG